UGUAGCUCUUACUCUUAAGAUAAGGCUCAAAAAUAGACUCUUUGCACGAACGAGAGUCUUGUUUAGUGAGUGAUUUAACAAAAAAUGGAGGACUUUCCACCAGGCUUUCGCUUCUACCCGACGGAAGAGGAGCUAAUUACCUUCUAUCUGCACAAUAAACUGGAGGAGAAGAGGCAGGAGCUGAAUCGGGUUAUCCCGGUUGUCGACAUUUAUGAAGUAGAGCCAUGGCAGCUUCCAAAGCUUUCGGGAGAGUUGUGCCAUGGAGACACUGAGCAGUGGUUUUUCUUUGUUCCUAGACAAGAAAGAGAAGCAAGAGGAGGGAGACCUAAUCGAACCACAGAGUCCGGGUACUGGAAGGCCACAGGCUCUCCAAGUUACGUUUACUCAUCGGAUAAUCGAGUGGUAGGGUUGAAGAAAACCAUGGUGUAUUACAAAGGGAAAGCCCCUACUGGGAGAAAAACCAAGUGGAAGAUGAACGAGUACAGAGCCAUUGAAGAAGAAAUGACCACUCCAUCUAGCUGUUCUGUUCCAAAGCUGAGGCAUGAAAUGAGUCUAUGUCGAGUAUACGUCAUAUCAGGAAGCUGUCGAGCAUUCGAUCGACGCCCAGUGGGAACACAGGCAAAGGAGGGAAUGAUUCCACAAGCUAAUAGAGAUCAUGAGAUUGAGGUUGUUGCAGCAUCUUCUCCCAAUAUUGCAAUGAUGGAGAGAGCAAGCUCUCCUGGAACUUCAUUUUCAGGGGAAAUCCAGGUGGAGGAUGAAGGAAGCUCCAAUUGGGAGAUGGCUUUUGGUCUUGAAUCUCCAGGGGAUUGGAAUAAACUUGGUUGGAUUUGAAUAGAUACUGUAUGCAUCAGCCUAAAGCUUGAUCAAUUAGGUAUCCAUACUAUAGGAGGUUGGACCCCAGCAGUAGCAACUAGCUAGUCUUGUGAAUCAAACGGAUUUUGAUACGAAUCUCAUUAGUUAGAUAUGAAUUGAUAGUUAUGAUUAUUUAUUUGAACCCUGUUAUGUCAUAUUUUUGUAGAUUCCGAUUUGUAUAUAUAAAUAUUCAUACAUCUUAUAAUCCGACAUGAAGUUUAUAUGUGUGUGUGUGUGGAA